UCGUUUUUCGGUCGGACGUACAACAAUUUGGGCUCGAUCUCGGAGUGCAAGAAUAAUGGGGAGUGCGUGAUCAACAAGAAGAACAGGACGGCGUGUAAAGCAUGCAGACUGAGGAAAUGCCUUCUCGUAGGGAUGUCGAAGAGUGGAUCUCGCUAUGGUAGGAGAUCGAACUGGUUCAAGAUUCACUGCCUCCUGCAGGAGCAGCAACAACAACAUCAGCAGCAGCAGCAGCAAGGAUCCGCUGCAAGCAUGGUGGCAGCAGCGAACCUGCUGAGGCCUCAUCCCUACCUUCCGCUCUUCCGCAACCCCACGGCGACGUCACGCGAGACGCGAAGCUCGGAAUCGGACAGCGGCGCUUCCUCCGCCGACCCAGAGGACGAGAUCCGAUCCGCGAGUGGACUGAGUUGUUUGAAGAUGCCACCGUCCAGCCCUUCGAGCGAUCGUGAUUACUUUUCCGGUUCCGGCUCAUCGAACAAGAAGUUGCCGUCUCCUGCGAGCGACGGUGAAUGCUUCGCGCGACGGAAGCUAGCGCACUUCACGCCGGCUUCACCCGCCUCCCUUCCGGCCAUCUCACCUGGAGGACUUCUUCCACGAUGGUUGCCGCCGUUACAGGGCGUCGCCGAUCCCGCCUCCUGGCGCGAACUGUGGCUCAAGGGUUGCUCGAUCUCCAUCCCUGCGACGGCAGCUACCGCCGCCAUCGCCGCACCUCCCGAUCAGGAUCAACCAAUCGACUUAUCCGUGCGGCAGCCGCCUCCACCGCCUCCGUCUUCAUCGGCCUCCCCCCAUGCCCAUCCGAAUGCGGCGGCGACGUCGCGUUCUCACCACUCGGGGGAGGACAGUGAACCGGAACUCAGUAUCGACGUGGGUGUCGACGAACCAGUGAAAUCCGUGCCUCUGGACCUGACCCUCGAUCGGCCCAACGACCAACUCAUCACCAACUAAACUAUUACAAUAACUACACGCAAGGAACAAGGAAUUCCCAAACCAACUUAAACCCCUGAAAGAAUGUUCCUCCCAUACAGUAACACCGCACUACUGUUAUGUUACGUACGGAUCAAGAGUAAAACGAAGAGAGAGAAAAAAGUGUACAACUUUGGGGCCAGUAUUAACAAUCUUUGUUUUUGUUAUUUCUCGAAUAACGAUCGAUCACAAUUUAGCUCAAGAUUACUAAUAACAUUUUAGGUAAGUCCAACAAUAACUAUAAACAACCGUCGUCGAACAAAUAAAAAGGAGCCGUUAAAUUUAAAUAUUACACAUCCACAAAGGUUACGCAAUAAAUUCAACCACACGGAACGUAUCGAGUUACACAUCUCCUAGUUGACCGCGUUUCAAUUGACCAAACCGAAUAUUUCACUCCUUAAAAUUAUCAUGAAACAUGUAACUCGAUCCUCGAAAAUCUAUUCAAAAUAUAAAAGAAAUGCUAAUAAUUGGACUGAUUAUUUAAAUCGUGACUUUAACGCCUUCUCCAGCGAUUGCAUAAUAAUACAAUUCACAUACAAAAUACUUGGCAAGUAACUCAUUAUAAAAUAU